AAGUGCGCAUAUUUCUCUAGUUUGUCAUGACGUGAAAAAGAAACAAUCCAAUAUACUCUCCGCUACUUCCUGCUUUGUGUGUAUUCAACACGAGAGCAUGUUUAAAAUCAAACUUACGUGUUCAUUCUGUUUCCUAGUUUCCGAAAUAGUCUGCUCGUGGAGUCCAUGUCCUGAAAAUAGACUAUCAUAUCUGUUUAAAGAACAUAGCAUCAAUUGGAAUACGGCUGCCAAGGAAUGUAAAGAAGCUGGAGGUGCUUUAGCCACGGUCAUCAGCGAAAUAUGUACACUCAGGAAUCUAAAUGAAAACUUGACCUACUUCAUUGGAGGUAAGAAGUCACCCUCUGGGAACUGGACAUGGGAAGAUGGUACUCAGAUAAACCAAACACACUGGGCUGCAGGAGAACCGAAUGACUCUGGAAGAAAUGAAAAUUGUUUACAAAUGUGGUAUAAAAAUGCUACUUAUCUUUGGAAUGACAUCUCUUGUGACAGUAAAAUUGAUGGCGGAUACAUUUGUCAGAAGAAAUCAAGCAUUACAGAGAGCAGUUUAUCAGGAAUAAGUGAACAACCAACAACAAUAACAACAACCAAUUAA